GAAGUGCGCGGGGGCGGCUCUCGUUCCGCAGCCCGCCGGUGCCGCGCUGUAACCCUUCCGGGCGGCCCCAGGCCGGGCCAUGGAGUGAGGCCGGGCCAGCCGCGAGCGACCUUCUCUUCCCCCCUCCCCCCCCGGAGACGCCGCUGCCGCCGGGCCCAGCCGCGGCCUGAGGCCUCCGCGCCGGGGUAGCAGCAGUGCGGCCCCCCCGCGGGGCGAUGCGGGCGCGGCGCUGCCCGCCCGCCCAGUGAGUCCCGCGCCCGGCCCGGCCCGGCCCGCCGGCCCCAUGAGGGAGUACAAGGUGGUGGUGUUGGGCAGCGGCGGCGUGGGCAAGUCCGCCCUGACCGUGCAGUUCGUCACGGGCACCUUCAUCGAGAAGUACGACCCCACCAUCGAGGACUUCUACCGCAAGGAGAUCGAGGUGGACUCGUCCCCCUCGGUGCUGGAGAUCCUGGACACCGCCGGCACCGAGCAGUUCGCCUCCAUGCGGGACCUCUACAUCAAGAACGGGCAGGGCUUCAUCCUGGUCUACAGCCUGGUCAACCAGCAGAGCUUCCAGGACAUCAAGCCAAUGAGGGACCAGAUUGUCCGAGUGAAGAGAUAUGAAAAAGUUCCUCUAAUCCUAGUGGGGAAUAAAGUGGAUCUGGAAUCCGAGAGGGAGGUCUUAUCUGCAGAAGGCAGAGCUUUGGCUCAGGAGUGGGGCUGUCCAUUCAUGGAAACAUCGGCCAAGAGUAAAACCAUGGUGGAUGAACUGUUUGCUGAGAUCGUCAGGCAAAUGAACUAUGCGUCCCUGCCUGAAAAACAAGAUCAGUGUUGUACAACUUGCAUCGUCCAGUGAGAAAAAAUAAAGAAAAACCUCAAUCAUGGCCAUACAGAGCAG